UUGACGUGUAUAUCUUUAUAUUUGAUUUAUUUAUAAUAAGUUUUUUUUAUUUCAUAAUAAAAACCCAAAUCAAGAUGACUCUGAAAUAUAUGAUCCUACUGUAAAUUCUUGGAAUGAGCUUCGGUCUCCUGUUGAUCAUCCACUUUUUUCACAAAGUGAAGUUCAAGGUUGUCUCGAUAUUGGUGACCCUGUGUAUACUUGUCUAUAUUGUGGUGCGUCGUUUUGGUUACUAGAGCGGGUUGAAAAACAGUCAAGAAUUAACCAGCCUCUUUUUACACUUUGUUGUUUUCAAGGAAAAAUUCAAUUACCGUAUCUUCAGAAAGCUCCAGAUUUAUUAUAUAAUUUGAUUCAUGGUCAUGAUAGUAAGUCUUUACAGUUUCAGAAGAAAAUUCGGUAUUAUAAUAGUAUGUUUGCUUUCACUUCUCUUGGUGGUAAAGUAAUAGACUCAGUGAAUGAUGGAACUGAUAGUAUGUUUGCUUUCACUUCUCUUGGUGGUAAAGUAAUAGACUCAGUGAAUGAUGGAACUGGUCCACCACAAUUCAUCAUAAGUGGUCAAAAUUAUCAUAGGAUUGGAAGUUUAUUACCUCAGGCUGGUCAAGUUCCGAAAUUUGCCCAAUUAUACAUAUAUGACACAGAACAUGAGUUAACGCAUAGAGAAAGAAUAUUUGGGCAAAGUUCAAAUAUAGAUAGACAGCUGAUAAUUGAUUUGACCCAAAUGAUUGAUCAACACAAUCCCAUAGCACAAUCAUUUAGAAGAGUGAGGGAAUUCCAUGAGAAUCACCCGUCUCAGAUGUUUUCUUUGAAAUUGUUUAGUCAAAGAGAACGUGAUCGAAGAGUUUAUAAUUAUCCUUCGUGCGAUGAAGUUGCUGCUUUGGUUGUUGGUGAUUUUGAUUCUUCUGAUACUGGUCGUGAUGUCAUUGUUAAAUCUGCAACUGGCCAACUUCAAAGAAUAUAUGAGACACAUGCUUUAUACUAGCCAUUGCAAUAUCCCUUGCUUUUUCCUUACGGGGAAGAUGGUUAUCAAUUGGGUAUUCCUUAUCGAGAUAUUCAAGAUAUAAAUGUUGCAGGGAGAAGGACUAGAGUAUCCAUGCGAGAAUUUAUCUGUUUUCGUUUGCAAAUGAGAGAGGAUGAGGAUAGCAUUAUUCAUAAGUCUAGAAGAUUGUUCCAACAGUUUGUUGUUGUUUCAUUCUCUAUGAUUGAGUCACAUAGGCUUUAUGAAAUCAGGAAAAAACAGAGCACAAUUAGAGGAGAAGUCUUACAAGGUAUUGAAGAAGCUAUGCGACGCGGUGAUACUGAAGCAUCAUCAAUUGGUACUCGAGUGAUUUUGCCUUCUUCUUACAUGUUUAAUAAUUGCCAAGAUGCUAUGGCUAUUUGUAAGCAUUUUGGGUAUCCAGAUCUAUUUCUUACCCUUACUUGCAAUCCUAACUGGCCUGAGUUUCAAAGAUAUACUAAUCGUGAUCAAGUUCCAAUUGCUGAUCGGCCAGACAUUGCUUGCCGAGUCUUUCAUGCUAAGAUGAAGUGUCUUCUUAAUGAUCUUAAGAAUGGUGUUUUUUUUGGUCCUCUUAAUGCAGGUAUGUAUACAAUUGAGUUUCAAAAAAGAGGUUUGCCACAUGCACAUAUUCUACUUUGGCUUGAUGGAAGGAAUAGAUUGCAGAAUAUUGAAAUUGUUGAUGAGUUGAUUUGUGCAGAACUUCCUAAUCCUAUGAAGUUUCCACAUUUGUAUAGUGUGGUUAGUAAAUACAUGAUUCAUGGCCCUUGUGGUAGGGUAAGACCAACUUCUCCAUGCAUGAAAGAUGGAAGAUGCUCCAAGUUUUAUCCGAAGCAGUUUGUUAAUUAUACGAGUUUUGAUGAAGAUGGUUAUCCUAUUUACAAGCGUCGAGAUAUUGGUGUUACAGUUAAAAGUCAUGGUGUUGAUCUUGAUAAUAGAUUUGUUGUUCCAUAUAAUCCAUUAUUGUUGAUGAAGUACCAGGCUCAUAUUAAUUUGGAAUUUUGCAAUAAGUCAAAUGUUAUAAAGUAUCUUUUCAAGUACAUUAACAAGGGUCCAGAUCGUGUAACUGCAACUAUUAGUCAUUCAACUGAGACAACUCAUUCUUUUGAAGUGGUUGAUGAGAUCAAACAGUAUUAUGAUUGUCGGUAUCUUUCACCUUGUGAAUCUAUGUGGAGAAUUUUUGCAUAUGAAAUUCAUCAUAGAUGGCCACCUGUGCAAAGACUCAGAUUUCAUUUACCUAAUCAGCAGCAUGUUGUGUUCGAUGAUCAUGAUACUAUUGGCUCUGUUUUAAUAAGAAAUAGAGAUUUGAUGACAAUGUUUACUGCUUGGAUGAUGGCUAAUCGAACAUAUGUUGAAGGACGAAACGAACACUAACAUGUUGAGUUCCCAAGUAAAUUCGUUUAUGAUUUACAAUCUCGACGGUGGAAACCAAGAAGAAGGGGAUUUUCUAUAGGAAGAUUAAGUUUUGUUCAUCCUUCAACUGGUGAGCUGUUCUAUAUGCGUAUGCUUCUCAAUGUGCAAAGAGGAUGCACCAGUUUUCGAAGUAUAAGGACUGUCAAUUCUGUUUUAUAUGAUACAUUCCAAGAGGCAUGUUCUGCCAUGGGAUUUUUAAUAGAUGAUAAUGAGUUUGUCUUGGCCAUUAAUGAAGCGGCUGAGUUAUCUUCUGGCGCCCAAUUGAGAAAACUUUUUGUUUCAUUGUUAAUAUCUGGUUCUGUCUCUAGGCCCGUUUUAGUUUGGAAUCAAACUUGGAAAUAUUUAUAAGAUGAUAUCAUUUAUUACAGGCGAAGUGAGCUUCAUUUUCCAGGAAUAACAAUGACUGACGAAGAGUUACAAACAUUUUGUCUAAUAGAGAUAGAGAAAUUGCUACAGGCCAAUGGAAAAUCAUUAAGUGAUUUUCGACAGGUUUUACCUGUUAUUCCUAAAGCUUCUCGUGCUGAGAUUGUUAUGGCAUCAAUCAAUUCUUCAAUUCUUUGGAAGCACUUUGAAGUGUUAACGUUGACAAAAAAUAUGCGGUUAGAAAGUGCUACAAAUCAAUCAAAUCUGGAAGAAUUGAAAAGGUUUUCCGAUUGGAUUCUUCAGAUUGGAGAAGGGCGUAUUGGGACAAUAAUUAACGAAAAGCUUUUAGUUCAAAUUCCAAAUGAGUUUCUGAUUUUUCCUUCUGAUAAUCCAAUUGAUGAUAUUAUAAAUGCAAUUUAUCUUGACAUAGUUAGAAAUUUUGAUGAUACUGGUUUUUUCCAAGACAGAGCCAUAUUAGCUCCAACAGUAGAGAUUGUUGAAGAAAUCAAUGAUCACAUUGUUCAAUUGCUACCUGGGACAGAAAAAGAGUAUCUAAGUGCUGAUUCUAUAUGUGGUAGUGAUGCUUAUUGUGACGUUGAUGUUGAUUGGAUAAAUAUUGAGUUUUUGAAUCAAAUAAAAUGUUCAGGGUUACCGAAUCACUCAUUGAAAUUGAAGAAAUGUGUGCCUAUUAUUUUGUUGAGAAAUAUUGAUCCAGCUGGUGGCUUAUGCAAUGGUACUCGCCUUAUUGUUAGAGAUUUAGGAACAAAUGUGAUUGGAGCUGAGAUUGUCUCAGGGAGUCACAUUGGAGAUAAAGUUUUCAUUCCUCGGAUGAAUUUAAUUUCGAGUGACGCUGGGAUACCUUUCAAAUUUCAACGGAGACAAUUUCCUAUAAACUUGUGCUUUGCAAUGACUAUCAAUAAGAGUCAAGGUCAAACUCUAUCUAGUGUUGAACUGUUCUUGCGUCGACCGGUAUUUUCUCAUGGUCAACUCUAUGUCGCUAUUUCUCGAGUGAAGAGCAAAGAUGGUUUAAGAAUUUUGGUAUCUGGCGAGAAAAAUGAUGAUUCUACUUUAACUCUUAAUGUCGUAUUUAAAGAAAUAUUUGAUAAGAUUUUAUAAUUUAUUUUGUUUUAUUUUUAUAUUAAUGUAAUUUUAUGUGGUGGUUAUUUUUUGUAAUGAUACUGCUUUAUUGUAUUA